AUGUACAAGAUAUCGUUUGCUGGACUUCUCCGCGGUAACGACAAAGAUGUUGAAGCUCUAGCAGAAGCGGCAACUACCCAAGGAUUUCUUGAGUUGGAGCUCGAUUGCAUGGAAGCGAAAGCAUUGCAAAAGGAUGUCAAGUUUCUCGAGUCAUUUGCAGAGAGCAUUCUCGACAGUCCUGAGGAUGUGAAGGCGGCGUAUCAUUUUCAUAAGACAGGACGUUUCCGAACCACAGGAUUUAAGCCUCUUGGGAGUGAAGAGGGUGCCAAAGCAGGAAAUCCUGAUGGAUUCGAGUUCUUCUUUUUACCUCAAAAGGAGAUUCUCCUUUCCGAAUUCAGAGAGCAACUCAAUUGUCCUCCUCUGGCUAUGUCUAAUAUUGACACACUCACCGACUGCUUCAAACACUACGAACGAACAGCCCAAAUGUUAUUGCAGCGACUGACAGAGGGUCUUAAACUUGGGAAUGAAUUGCUCAAUGCGCACAACACUUCUUUACCUUGCGUCACAAACAUGGGCUUAAUAAGAUAUCCCCCUCAGCCCAAAGAGUCUGGGAAUUUCGGGCAUAUUGCACAUACGGACGUUGGAAGCUUGACCAUCUUAGCUGCGACCCAGCGAGGACUGCAAACUCUUGACAACAUCACUCAGAAAUGGAUAUGGGUUGAUCCUAGCGAUGAAUGCUUGUUCGUACAAUUGGGAGAUUCGCUGAAAUUCCUUUCACGGGGCAAAAUUCUUCCCUCGCUUCAUAGGGUCUUACCUAGUGAUGUCGCUCCUGAAGCAACAAAGUAUACGAUUGCGUACUUUUUACGCCCGAACGAGGAGGCUGAAAUCACUUCCGAUGAUGGAAAAGUGUGGCUGUAUAAGGACUAUCACUGUAGAAAGUUCGAUGCCUUUGCGCGGCCAUUGGGCUAUAGACCAGACGGAGAAGAGUCACUCAUUUCUUUGCGUGACUAUACAGGGGUGGAGUAG